AUGUUCGAUCUUUUUCAACUACGUCGAGGCUUGUACUUUUUGGAGAUUGCGCUUUACGACAUGGCUUUAACAGUCGCUCUACCUCUUGCUGGAUUGGAGACAGAAAAUUUUAACUCGUACAGGCAUAUCAUAGACAUAGCGGGCUUAUCUCAGACGAGCCCUAGCCCAUCUGUCUCCAGUGAAUCUAGCGGUAUUGGCUCAUUGGGUUCGUUGAAAUCAGAGUCGGUAAAUAACGACUCUCUACCAUCUAGUCCUCACACAACAGAGAAGAAAUUGUUCGAACCCGUCGUGCAGCCACAAUCGCGCCCGGCAGAGGAGAAAGACGAUAUUAAAAUUAUUUACGGAGGUCAUGAUAUACUCAAUUUGAAUGCCAAUCUCACUGAUCCUCGAUGGAACUAUCGCGCCACGGUCCUGCCGCCGAACAACCCGGCGUUAUUCUUCGCGAACAGAUCUCAGUACCAUCGCCUGGGGCCAUUCGGAACUCGCACGCAGUAUGUAAAAGAUUCUUGCCGUAUGUGCGGCUUCUCGUAUGUAGUAGCCGCUACAGAUUGA